AGUGGCUUUUUAACCAAAGAACUUGACGGUCGAUUCCGCGCGAAGUUCCCCCCCAGAUGCCAAAAUGCCAUCCACCUGGAAAUGGCUACUUCUUGGGUUACUAAUUGUAUUUCUCGCCCAAACAAAGGCUGCCUCCAAAAGAGUGAAACUGUGUCUCCAACCGACAAUAAGCGGCAGGUGCUUCGGCUACGUGGAGAGCUUCGCCUACAAUCCCAUCAAGCGCCACUGCGAGCCCUUCAUUUACGGAGGCUGUGGCGGCAACGACAACCGAUUUUCCACAAAGGUCGAGUGCGAGUUCAGCUGUCGUGAUAUUUAAAAAUGUCAUCUGGAAUGAAAUGAAAUGAGGGGCGUUCUUUAGGGACUGAGAUUAUUUACAAACAGACUGUGUAGAGAUCUAUAGUAUAAUUGAAAAUCAAAAUAUAAUAAAGUUAAACAAGGAA